AUGUUGUAUGGUAACAACCACGUGGCACUGAAAAUAGUCAUCAGGACAGCUAACUGGAUAUGGAGAGCUCUGAAGCAGUGAGUGUUGACGCUGCUACAGGCCAAAAGAGCCGUACUGUUGGUCCUAGGAAGAGAAAACGUGGGAAAGCUCAUACUUCUAGUAAGAAGCCUGCUAUAGACCCAGUAGAUCAUGAAACUAAUGAUGCACCAGAGACAAAGAAGGUCAAAAGGUGGAAGAACAAGCAAAGGGUAUUGGUCUUUUGCGCUAGGGGAGUCACGUUCAGAGCACGACAUCUGAUGAACGACUUGCGAAUGUUGCUACCACAUUCCAGAUCAGAUACAAAGUUGGAUAGAAAAGACAAGUUGCCAGCAAUCAAUGAGGUGUGUGAAAUGAAGAAUUGCAGAAAGUGCAUAUUCUUUGAAAUGAAGAAGAAAAAGGACCUGUAUAUGUGGCUCUCCAAUGUUCCCAAUGGACCUUCAUUCAAAUUCCUAGUAGAAAAUGUCCAUACUAUGGAUGAGCUCAAACUGACUGGAAACUGUCUGAUUGGUUCCAGACCUCUCCUCUCCUUUGAUCAGUCGUUUACUGAGGCACCUCACAAUGAGUUACUGAAGAAUCUACUCACACAGAUAUUUUCGACUCCUUAUUACCACCCAAAAAGUAAACCAUUUGUGGAUCAUGUGUUUCACUUCGAAAUUCUUGAUGGCAAAAUCUGGUUCAGAAAUUAUCAGAUUACGGAUAGUGGUGGACUCACAGAAAUCGGUCCAAGAUUUGUUCUCAACUUAAUAAAGGUAUUUGAAGGUAGCUUUGGCGGAGCUACUCUCUAUGAAAAUCCCAGCUAUGUCACCCCUAAUGCGCAUCGUCGCCUAAUGAAAGCUGACGCUGUGCACAAGUAUAAGAAGCGAGUGGAUGCCCGUCGCUCAUUGGCAGAGAGGAGGCAAGAAGAAGAAGAAGGAAUUAACGUGGACCCUCUAGAUGACAUUUUUAAUAAUGCGUAGUGAUUGCUAAUAAUGCGUUGCUUAGGUUUAUGAGUUUCUUUCAAAAUUG